CUUAUUUCACUUUCCUCGUUGCCACAUAAGGAAAGAGACCAGAAAAAGUCUUUUCUUCAUCGUUGUACUACUACUAUUAGCGUGUCUGCAAUUUUUAUUACUAUUUUGUAUUAUUAGUGUGAACAAAAAAUAUUUUCAAGACUUGAUUUAGAAUAAUAUCAAGACUCUAUGACUUAGAUCCAUUAUCUUUCCCAUUUCACUUCUUGGGAAUUGUUCUUACUAUAGUACCAAGCCAACAAUAAUUUCACCUGCUUUUGUUUCUGCUAUUUUGAGGCUCUUAUUUUGGUUUUGGUUUCUGCUGAAGCAGCUUUUGAGUGAUAUCAUAUACAGAAGGUCACUGUUGCAUCCUAAAGUUAUGACUUGCUUCCCUUCUUUAUUCUGUCGAAAACGCCAUUCAUCAACUAGGCAUCCAUCCGAAUUUGAUGAUGAGCUCUCUGGCGUCAAGAAUGUUAUUCUUUUCUCCUAUAAAGAGUUAAGAAUUGCCACUGAUGAUUUUAGUCCUGUCAAUAAAAUUGGAGAGGGUGGAUUUGGUUCUGUUUAUAAGGGAAGGCUAAGAAAUGGAAAGAUGGCUGCUAUAAAGGUUCUUUCUAGUGAAUCAAAGCAAGGUGUAAAGGAGUUCUUGACAGAAAUUAAAGUGAUUUCAGACGUUGAGCAUGAAAAUUUAGUCAAACUCUAUGGCUGUUGUAUAGAAGAUGAUCAUAGGAUAUUGAUCUACAACUAUCUUGAGAAUAACAGCCUUGCUCAAACACUUCUUGGUGGAGGGCACAGUAGCAUCCAGUUCAGUUGGCGAACACGUACUAAAAUUUGCAUUGGAGUUGCAAAGGGGCUAGCUUAUCUUCAUGAGCAAGUGAAGCCACAUAUAAUUCAUCGUGAUAUCAAAGCGAGUAAUAUUCUCCUUGAUAAAGACUUGACACCCAGGAUUUCAGAUUUUGGCCUGGCAAAGCUCAUCCCUCCUAACAUGACUCAUGUUAGUACACGCGUGGCCGGAACCAUAGGUUAUUUGGCACCAGAGUAUGCAAUUAGAGGCCAAGCGACUCGUAAAUCAGAUGUUUACAGUUAUGGUGUUCUUCUGAUAGAAAUCGUCACUGGAAGAUGCAACACAAAUACACGUUUACCAGUUGACGAACAAUAUCUCCUUGAAAGGACAUGGCAACUCUAUGAAAGAAAGGAGCUGAUAUUGCUCGUAGACACGUCACUGGACGGGGACUUUGAUGCUGAACAGGCCUGCAGGUUCUUGAAAAUUGGGCUUCUCUGCACUCAAGAUGCGUUAAAGCUUCGCCCAUCCAUGUCGACUAUUCUCAAGAUGCUAACCGGCCAGAUGGAGGUCGAUGACAAUAAGAUAACAAAACCAGGCUUGAUCUCUGAUUUCAUGGAUCUCAAGGUUAAAAAUGCUCCUAAACCUCGCCCUGAACAAAUUAACGCAGCAUAUGAUUAUGUGUUAUCUUCAGGAUCUCAAUAUUUAGACAAUUCAACCAUUCCAUCGACGAGUUCUUCUCAAGCCACCACGACGUUCACAACUGUUGCAUAUGAUCAAAGCAUUUGAGCAAAUAUAUUCUGCGAGGGAGGAAAAUAGUUUUGUAUUUGGUUGAACAUUACUUUCAACUUUUCUUUUUUUUAUUCUUUUCAUUUUCUAUCUGGAGUUGGUUUUUUUGGUAUCUUGAGUUGAUCAGCAUCUGUAAAUCGUUUACAUGUUUUAUGUAGUUGUUAGAAAUAGUGUAUGUUGUAAAUUUGAGGUUUUGAAUUCAAGAAAUGUAAUUCAUUAUAGCUUGAACUUGGUAUACAUUUAUGUGUAUAUUUCUGCA